AUGCUUUCCGAACUUCCGACAGAGCUCCUGCUCGGGAUUUGCGAGUCUCUACAAAGAAAAAACAUUCUAGCGCUACGCCUGGUCUGCCAACGUUUUUACUCGCUUUUCACCGAUGUGCUCUUCCGACGCAUCGUGUGUGAUGAAGUCCCACUGCUUUUUCGUGCCGUGGAGGCCCAAAGACUGGAUAUUGUAGCGCUGCUCAUUGAGGAAUACCACGUCGAUAUUGAUUAUCUGCACGCUGGCAAGAAUGCGCUUCUUCUCGCUAUUGACCUGCGAUACCCACAGGCGGUGGAUCUGAUCUUGCAGUAUCGGCCCGACGUCCGCUACUGCUGCGACUUUGGAGGUCGAGGGCCCCUCUCACUUGCAGUGAUCGGCGGAAAUGCUGCUAGCGUGGAGCGGAUUCUCCAGUCUCAGGAGAUUGAUGUCAACGAUCGAUGCUCGGACGGACUGUCUGCCCUAGUAUACGCGCUGAAGCAUCGCGAGUACUAUGCCCUCCAAAUUUUACUUGCUGAUCCUCGAGUGGAUGUCAAUCUCGCAGAUUCUCUUGGCUGGACGCCACUGCAAGCUGUGGUUCUCGAAGGAGAUCAUAUAGCAGCCCAGAUGCUGGUGCGACAUGCAGCAAUCGAUAUAAACCAUCAGACCUCCCACAAUGAUGCCCCUCUCCUGUUGGCUGUGAAAAGGCUCAAUCGAGAGCGAUCUGCCCUCGUGGUUGAGUCUCUCCUCCUACAUUCGAAUCUUGAUGUCAAUAUCUCGGACUCCAACGGGCAAACGGCCCUAUGGCACGCGGUCAACCGUGGCCAAUAUGACCUUGUGAAGUUACUUCUACGUCAGAGCCAUUUGAGAUUGAACGAUCCUGAUCGAUAUGGGGUGACGCCAUUAGCCCGAGCUGCCGAGAGGCCUGUUCUGUCCGUCCUUGAACUGCUAUUGGAACAGCGGCAGAUAUGCAUCAACUCUCAGUCUACCCAGAUCGUGCCUCCGCUUUGGUCUGCAUGCCGCGCAGGCAACUCUCCUGCAGUGGAGGCACUGCUUCGUCUGAGGUCAGUCCAGGCUAAUCAAAAAAGCCCUACUGGAACAACGCCACUCCAAGUGGCUGUUCAUUUGAAUCAUCUAUCCAUUGUAUCUCUGCUACUCCGACAAAGAAAAAUGGUCGACAUCAACGCCCGUGGCCAUCAACAAUGGACAGCCAUCUUCUUUGCCGCCUCUAACGGGUAUAUUUCAGGGGUCAAAACGUUGCUGGAACAUCCUGGUAUCAACCUGAACUUGAUUGAUGAUCAAGGACGGACCCCACUCUGGUGGGCAGAGCAUGGGCAGCAUUCCAGCGUGGUUGAUCUGCUGCGCAAGCACAUUCGAUCAAGGAAGCGGAAGUGUCGUUUGGCGCGAGGUGUGUUCAAUUGA